UUUAUGGCUCAGGGUCAGCGGCACCAUUUGGAGGACAGCAGGUGGCGCUAAUUUGGCCGUAGGAGUUAAAAAAGGAGGCGAAGAAGAGCUGGACCGGAAGUAGCGUUUUUUUUCCGGAGGUAGAGUUCAAAAGCAUGGCUUUCCCGUGUGUACAUCUCUGCUCCAGACGUGUGAGCCGGAGGCUUCAAGCCUGUGCUUACGCAUCGCUCGGUAAAGCAUCCAGACCUCAGGAGAAAAGCAGCGGCGGUCCAGUGUUUCAGUAUGUUGGCCGGCACAAAAAGCCCAGCCGCAAAGUGUUUGUGUGGGGCUUUAGCUUCACCGGUGCCCUGGGUAUCCCCAGUUUUGUGGUGCCAGACAGUGGAAGGAAGAAGCCUCGCAAGUACCAGCUCACUCCUUAUCGCCUGGAGACCGCAGAGCAAAUCACGUCAGCAGCUUGUGGUUAUGGUUUCACUCUCAUUGCCUCCACAACCAAAGAUGUGUCCAAGCUGUGGGGCAUGGGUCUGAACAAGGACUCCCAGCUAGGCUUCCAACGCACCCAACACAGCCGCCAUCAGAGUUAUGACUUUGUUUUGGAGCCAUCCCCUGUGGCCCUGCCGCUUGCUGAGCCUCAACAGACCAGAGUGGUUCAAGUAGCAUGUGGUCGGGCUCAUUCCUUGGUCCUCACUGAUCAAGAGGGAGUUUUCAGUAUGGGUAACAAUGCAUAUGGCCAGUGUGGACGGCGGAUAGUUGAAGACGAAGUCUACAGUGGCAGUCACAUCAUUCAAAAGAUAGAAGGCUUCAGCAGCAGGGUCGUCCAGGUGGCCUGUGGGCAGGAUCACAGCCUCUUCCUCACUGAGACAGGGAAGGUGUUUGCAUGUGGAUGGGGUGCAGAUGGACAGACAGGUCUGGGGCAUCAUAACAUUUGCUCCAGUCCAGUGGAAGUAGGAGGGGACCUGUCAGGUGUGGAGGUGCAGCAGAUCAGCACGUACGGAGACUGUAGCCUGGCUGUGUCCAAGGAGGGACAGCUGUAUGGAUGGGGCAACUCUGAAUACCAUCAGCUGUCCUCAGUCACUGAUGCCACGCAGAUAAACUCUCCUCGACGUCUCCCACUUAAAGGCUGUGGAAAGGUGGUUGAGGCAGCGUGUGGAGGCACACAGGUGGCGGUUCUCAAUGAAAAUGGAGAGGUGUUUGUUUGGGGAUAUGGCAUUCUCGGUAAGGGCCCAGACUUAUCAGAAUCUUCUGUCCCGGAGAAGAUUCCUGCCACGCUGUUUGGCCGCUCAGAGUUCACCCCAUCGGUCGCCAUCACCAGGAUCCGGUGUGGCCUCAACCAUUUUGCUGCUGUAACUGAUGGAGGGGAGCUCUUCGUUUGGGGGAAGAAUGUGAGAGGUUGCUUAGGCAUCGGGAAAAGGGAUGACCAGUAUUUCCCAUGGCGGGUGACUGUGCCAGGUCAAGUGGUGGACGUAGCAUGUGGGGUCGACCACAUGGCGGCGCUCGUGAAGUCCCUCUUGUGAGCGCUUGUUUUCCCAGCGCUGGAUAAAGAGCUGAAAGUUUGGCUGAGGCCCCUCCACCGCCCCUGACCCUUGGUCACCUCAGCAAGCUCAUCUGGUUGUUCUCCAGUCUUGAAGCCAGCUGCUCUCUACAGGCGACGGACCCUCCUGAACGUCCCAGUGACGUCAAGCGGUGAGCAGGGCAGCCGGUUCUGCAGUGGAGGAUCACGGACACUGUUCAGAUCAUCCUGCAUGAAGGUCGUGCAUCUAAGUUCAAUUUAGCUUUAAGAGCGGAUUAAACUUUUAUGUAACUGAUGCUUGAAUGGUUUAUAUACUGUGUCACUGAUUCACAAAUCACACUAGUUAGAUAUUAAUUUAUUAAUACAUACUGUAUUAAUAAAGCUUUCAGGCAGUUAAUAUUGUUAAAUUAUGUUGUGUUUUGACUCCUCUGGUUUGGGAUUAUUGCAAACACAUGUUGUGGCAAUUUAAAUCUCUGCAGGCCUAUACAGAGAUUUAAAUUGUACAGCAUUGUAAUAUCUGAAAAGCCAAACAUUGCACAAAAAAUAAUUGCCUCCCUGCAAACCGCAAAUAGGUGAUGGCGCUUCGAUUGAAGAUUGAAAAAUGUGUCACAAGAAUUUAACUACACUGUUCAAUAUUAAUAUCAGCAAGAAAUAAAACAGACGCCUUUUAGAUCUUUCUCCUGUCUCCAUCAGUUUGUUUAGUUGUCAUGGCGAUGAGCAGAUUGUCUGCAUGCAACUAAUGAUACCUAUGUGACACGUAAGUUUUGUAAAAAUACAGAAGUGAUGGAACGAUCAUUUGCUGCCGUCUGGGUGUAACAACUUAGAAGGUGCCAUCCCUGAAUUUAACAUGAUGAUAUUAAUUAAAAGUUAUAUGACGCUCUUCUGUUUACAGUUUCUCUACACACGUCUAAUUAGUGGGCACUGAGAGGUAAGCAGUUGCCUUCAAUGAGCAGCAAGGCUGAACUGCAGGGUCAUUACGUAACAGAAGUGAUGCCUACAAUAGUUGUACUUCUUUAACCCCCCAGUGUGUGUCCUGAAGAAAGCUGAUGCAGCGUAAAGGCACCUGCAAGGGAUCGGCUGUUCUCUGCUUUGUUUACUCAGGUCAGAGGAGACAGACAGCUGAUACGCCUGCAGUCGUCCCCUGCCGUUUGCUGCACACUGGAAUGAAGGGAGAGCGUCAUCAAACAAACCCCGACAACAUAACUUUUAUUUUGUAAGUUCUAUGUCGAAACAUCUAAUUUCCUCUAAACAUUAAAUUGGGUAGAUGGAACCAGAUUAUUUUUUGACGACGAACAAGCAAAGACACAUGGGAGAAAACCGAAUGUGCAACAAGCUCAAAAAAGAUUGUUUAUUGUUUUUUUUCUCCACACAAGAAGCUCCAAAUGAAAGGCUUGUAAUAUUUUCCUUGAAACAGAAUCAGAAUAAAUGUCACCUUCAUCAUGUUGUUUUAACACUGAUAAAUACAGGGUUUCUGCUAAUCAAGUCUGAUCAGAAGAAAUGUUAGGUGCAAAGUGUUGUGAAAGAAGAACAAUAUCACCAAAUGCUCAAGACCAACAGGAGUCUCCCCAUCUGGACAGGAUCUCUCCAAAGUAAGUAGUCCUCCCCGUUUUCACAUCAGUACAGCAGGCCUGUGGGGGUGGAACCUGCAUUAAAGUGCAGACUGGAGGCAGGGGAGGAGCAGCGUCAACGCCUAAAAGGACACAGGGCAUGGAGGGAAAUGUUUCUCCCCCUGCGUGAACCUUAGCUUAUGUUUAGCAUGAUCAUUAUUAUCAUUAAUGUCAAAGUGGCUCAGUAAUUUAUUACUACUGUAAAAGCAAACAUUUUUAUGCCUGGCCUUUCUCCGAGUUCACACUGUGAGCAACGCGAUCAAGUGAGCGAUCAGCACAGUGGGAGAGGAAGAGUUGGUUUGUGGCUAAUCGUGAUACGCAAAGCUUCUACGUGACGCGUUUACUGAUCUCGGAAGUCCCAGCUCUCAGCGGCCGCUAAUCUAGAGCAAGUUAUCAAGUCCCUGUAAAAGCACAUAAUAAGAUACAACGUGCUGAUGAACCAAGUGCAGAGGCUCAGGUCUGAACCAGGCUCAGGGUUUCCACUGCUUCCAGUCUUUACUCCAAAGUAGUCUAUGGUCUAUGUUGGCGACAACAGCAGAUUAGUUUGGAUUAGUGUUACAUAAAAAACAUAUUAAACACAUGAUGUCCAAUUAAUGAAUUUUAAAGUCUUUUUAUAGAUGUUACUGAUACCCCCUAACUACAUUUAUUGUAAAUACUAUUAAAUGUUUUUUUUUUUCAUAAUUUUGUAUAAUUUAUGUUUUUAGCAUUUGAAAGAAAAGAAAUUAGACAAAACAUUAUUUGUGAUCAAUUACACAGUACACGACGCGAUCUGGCACUUAUGGCCAUGCCAGUGUCUUUGGGCGCCUGCUUAUUAUGUCCGAUUGAGAAAAACUAAUGCAAAUGUCAAUUUGUGUUGACAUUUGCUCUUCAACCACACUAUUGGAAAAUUAAACAUUUUUGACUGAAGUGUAAGGUGCUCUAUCCUCUCCCCAGUCCGUCUAGUAGAGAGUAGAAAUAUUUCAUUGAUUUCACCAAAUCAUAUCAAGUUUGUGAGUUUAGACAUUAUUUACACUAAUUACGCUUUGCAGCUGAAGAACACAUUAAAAAAAAGAAGAAAGAAAUCCCAAAUGUGCUGAUUUAGCUCAUUCUGAACAACCCACCGACCAGUUUGCUCACAGUGUGAAUGGUUCCAUCUUAUCAAAGCAGUAAAUAUGGAUUCAUUAUCAAGACCUUAGAUUAACUCCACCAGACUAAGCCUUUGAAUUUAAGCUCCAAGUCUGAAGAGACUUGAUAACAGUCAGAUCACUGCUGUAAUUUAAAACAUGCUCAACAGAUGUUGAGGGAAAAAAAACAAAAAAAAAAAAACACCA